AUGUCAAAUAACAACGAAUUUCCUCUUCAAAAUAAACAAGCUGCCAUCAACAUUAAUGGAGUUCAUACAGAGAUUUUACUCUCUAGUUUUUCAGAUAAAAUAUUUAUAAUAAUUACACAGUAUGGAAAGAUAGGUAGCAUGAUUCAAACUAGAUUCGAUGUUCCGCCUCAUUUAGCCAUGAAUCCAUCUGCGAUACCUACAACAAGUCAAUUCUUGAUGGGUGAAUCAACAGGAGAACAAAGCGAUCUUUAUAUUUUAUAUGCAACAUCUAUAUUACAAGCUAUUGGUGCCAUGAAUCCACACGAGAAAAGACCACUCUUGUUAGGCAUCGCUUUAAAACCUAUACAAGACAUGUCGGAAAGAAAGAAAAUAUUUCAUCAGAUUAUUGAUCAAAUAAUGGCUAAUCCUGUUUGGUAG